UGCCCUUUUAAUAGGAACAGUGUGGGACACAUGGCAUAGUUGUCCUUGAACUGUCUCCCAGUGGAGUGUCUCUUCUCACCAUCUCUGGCAUGUCCCGCCCCUGUCCUGAGCAGGACCACCCUCUAAACUCAUCUCAGUCUCUCACCAAGGGAGUCAGUGGAGAGGAUUACUACCCUGGACAUAAUCAAAAGACUGAUGUAGUAGAGGGAAUACCACAAGAGGAGAUGGGAUUUUGUUUUGAUUCUGAUUUGGAUUUUAAUUAUAUAGAAAUAUUCUUCAGACAACUUGAUCGAUGCUAUUACACAGUUGGUCUUGCUGCUUUGCUUUGGGAAACUGAUUGAGGUCCAUCUUUAGCAUUUUGACGAAAGAAAGACUCCAAACCAGUUGUGACUUCAAAGUUAGUGUCCAGUAUGAAAGAAACAAGUUCUUCAACCUAGAGCUGGAUACAGACGAGAGAUCCUGCUUUGACUAGUGGAGUUCAGCUUCACAGUUCUGAAGGUCAUUAUGCCUACUGAGGAGGAGGAGGAUAACUCACAACCUGUGUGGCAAUCCGUCCUGCUGUUUAGCUGUAAGGGAAUGAUCGAGGGAAUCAUUGUCCUCUUGUUUCUCUGGCUGCUGGUGCAGGUGCUCUUCACAAAACAGCAUGAAGUCCACUUGCAGAUUCUGCUGAGUGUCGGUUUGGUGGUCCUGUGUUUUUCCCUUAUCUUGGGCUGCAUCAUUUGUUGUUUAAAGACCAGACACAAACCACCCGAAGACAAAAAUACUGUAAGGACACCCCCUCCACCUGAUUCUGUGGAUCAUGUGACUGUGGCUUUGAGUUCUGCCCCUUUAUCUGGAACCACAUUUAACAAAUUGCAGUGCGAGGAGCCGGAAGGAUCCGUUCAAGACUAUCCGUCUGUUGUCGAGAGCUCUACACCAUCAGAUGAAGAGUUGACGGUUGUCUCUGAGGGUAACAAGUCAUGCUUCCAAAUGAGACGACUAAGUUCAGCAUCAGUCUCCUCUUCUCUAUUCAAGCCCAUGGCAAGUGGCCGCUCCUCUCUCCCCUCUUUCCCAAGACUUAGUCUUCUCACAAAGACCCGGAAGGUUCUGGAACGUCAAUGCACUGUGGCUGGAGAUAGUUACUUAUUUAGUGAACACAGAAGGUUCACUAUUCCCAACCCACGAUCACCUGGUGUCCUUUCUCCACUUCAAACCCAAGGUCUACUACAGGACGAAUCUUUAAUUCCUAAUUAUGGUUCAUAUUCUUGCAGUGAGACCUCAGAUCCCUUCUUGCACUUUACCCUGACCUUUUCUUCAACACAGAACACACUCACUGUAUCCAUAGUGGGUAUAACCGGUGCAGUCCAUCGUCUAGAAGAAGUGACUGUCCAGGCCAAGCUGCCCCCACUUCGUCCUGGACCUCUGGAAAUAUCUGCCCAGGAUUACAACCUUAGCUCUGGAAUCUAUAAAAAUAACUUGGUGAUCAAUGUUGGAUCUCUAGAAGGGCUUAAGGGUUGCAUGCUCAGACUGGCUAUCUUCAUGCAGGAUAAUCCAAAGAGAUCCCUAUUUGAGGAGCUGGAAGUUUGCUGUGGUAGUCUGGACUGGACACCAGACAGGCCACUUAGAUGCGUUAGAGAAUUAAGGCAAGUCAUGGUCAAGUCCAAGAAGGACACUUCAUAGCUCUUGCUAUGUGACUAUACUUUCCUAAACAUUAACCCAAACAUUUCAAAGACCUACACCUCGUGUUUUCUUUCAAAGGACAAGAGUGGUUAAUUUUUUAUUCAACAUGCUCAACUUUAAUUUGGAUAUGGACAUUGAUAUCCCUCAUGUAAUAUGACCUCCCAAGAAUCAGAAAGAGGUCACAAGGUCUUUGGUCAGCUCUUCAUCUUGUUGCAGUACCAAAUUGGCUGAAAGUCCUCAUCCUGAAAGCAGACAAUCUUACCAACCAGACUCCAGAUGCUGGCUCCCCUCUCCUCUUCAAAUGGACCCUUCCGAAUAUUCCAAAUCUGGGUCACAAAGCUCAACCUGCCUUGCAAGGAAUGUUCCAUCACUGCAGCCCAGGGGAAAUUUGUCCCGUU